AUUAUUUCAAACUGAUAACACACAUUCUCGCUCUCAAUCAAUUUCCGACUGAAAAUCGACCACAGCCUCUUUCGUUUGUCUUGUUGGACGGAAGCGCAUUAAAGUAUCAUGUCGAGCGUUUCAGAGAAAGAGCAUCGAAUAAUCGAUGAUUUUGAUUAUGGGGAUAAUGUAUCUAUUAUUGAUAGAUCUGAAAUUGUUGAUUGGAGUGCCAUAGUUAUCAAAAUUAUUCUGGGACUUGUGUUCAUUGGUUUUGCAUCUGGAUGCAUCAUAUACUCUGUAAUCACAUCAGAGGAGUAUGUACACCCAGCCGCUAUAAACUCAACUUUCUUCUCCUAUGAUGUCAGUCAACACUGUGACAAUGGAACAUUGACGUGGUCGAAUAGGACAGGAUCUAUUAAUGAUUAUGAUAAAGUGACAACUGGAAUCGCGUGGUUACAGGACUCAACCAGAAAACGCAUUUAUCAUAGAAUCGGAAUUGCUCCAAAUGACAAGGACUGGAGGGUUUCUCAUUAUGUUUUUGUAAACCAUACAUUCUUCGUUGAUCGUAACGGAUGCACCAGACAAGCAUACGGUUAUGAUGAGUAUCUGAGAAGACUCGGAUUCCAUAAGAUCAGAAUGCAACGAACCGAGUCAAUUUCAGUUGAAGAAGAUGAGAGUGUGAAAGUGAACUUCUACGAAGGCGAACCAUCACAUGAUAUUAUGAUCGAUGGAAUUCAUCCAACAAUUGUUAGAGCAUACACUCAACCGGAUAAUUCGUUCACUUAUGCAUGGGAAUACAUUUUCCCACAAACUCCAGACGAGACAGGCCUUUUCCGAAAGGAUUAUUGGUUUCCCGAAAUGAAGGCGGGAGUUGACGAUGAAGGAAUAUUCGAAGAAUUGCCAUCGUCCUGUUAUAAACAAACUGAUUAGAAUAUAUAAUUGCCUUACCACCCCUACUUUGUACAUCCAAUGAAUGAAUAGUUAAGAUUCUG